UCCGUUCAUCGCACGUCACACACCGUUAGUCAGGCAGCUUAGUGAGUGACUCAGCCUGAGUUUUAGUGUGACUGCUGCCUCGAAUUCCGGUGAAAAAAGAGGUGUUUUACCCGUAUGCAGACAACUCAACGUACGUUCUCAGUCUUCAGCAGGUGUCGUUGAAGCUCACCUGCUAAUUACCAUCCCGGUCUUGUCUCAGGCGUAAAAAUAACACGUAAACCCUUCUUCCUUCACUCUCCCUACCCUCCCUCCACCACUAUCCACGUUCCUACCAUUCCUCCCUCACUUCCUAUCCCUUCCUCAUCUACAUUAUCCCAGCAAGAUGAUUGAAAUCAAGGGUCGUGUCGUCGUAUAUAGUAUCCAAGGAUGUCCUCACUGCAAGACGGCCAAAAAGACUUUGAAAGACCAAGGGGUGAACUUCUUCGAUGUUUCCGUCGACAGGUUUCCGACUGUCAGGACCUGGCUGCAGGAAAAAACAGGAAAGACAAGUGUACCGCAGAUAUUCUUCAAUGAGACGUAUGUGGGAGGAAAUGCCGAACUGCAAGACAUCCUACGAGACGAGAAGGAGUGGCAGAAGCUUCUGACGGACAUCCAGGAGAAUAAGGCCAAAGAGGACGAGCUCAUUAUUCCUCACCCUUCAGAGGCCGUUGAAAUAGAAGAGGAUGCAGCUCCUACCUUUACCUGCGAAGACGAUCCUGCAGCUGCCAUCGUUGAGGAGCUAAAGACUUCUGGGGUCCCACGCGACCAACGCAUGUCAAUCUUUUCCACUGCAAAGGAUGCAUUCUCUGGACAGGAUUUCGUAAAAUGGAUUGUGGAAAAGAAGAGCAUGAGUGAAGAGGAAGCCAUAAAAACUGGAACAGAAUUGUUUGAGAAGAAAUACAUCAAGGGGGUACAAGAUAACACAACAUCCUUCUCAAAUGAUGCCAAAGCAAUCUAUAAGAUAAAUGAUGGCCGAGAGUCCACUGCACUUAAUGCUGGACCGACGCAAAACUGCCUGAUUGAGAAUGCCAGUGAUUUCGCGGAAACGCUUAGAAAGUUGAUUAUUCGUCUCUACAAUGACCACAUAUCAACAAGUGGCAAGUCUGUUAACUACAAAGCCAUGAAAGGCACCAAAGACUACAAGGAAUACACCAAAUUGUCUCGAGAACUGCAACGCGUCCCUGUCGAGAAACUGGAUCAGGACGGGAGGAAGGCUUUCUUCAUCAACAUCUACAAUGCUAUGGUCAUCCACUCCACCGUCGAAAAUGGACCUCCGACAAACUGGCUUUCCAGAUUUAAGUUCUUCGAUAAAACAUCCUACAUCAUUGGCGGCCACAGUUACAGUCUCAAUGAAAUUGAACACGGAGUCUUGAGAGCAAAUAAACGUGGCCUGGUCCAGCUGUUCGCACCCUUUGGCAAGAAUGACCCUCGUCGAAAUAUCAGUCUCAUUCAGGUGGAUCCUAGAAUUCACUUUGCCCUCAAUUGUGGAGCAAAGAGCUGCCCUCCCAUCAAGAUAUUUAGUGGAAAGAACAUAAACGACGAGCUACGUAUUGCUACAGAAGCCUACCUGGAGACUGAUGAAGCCUUAAUAGUAGAGGAGGAUCGAGGUGUUGUCCACCUGUCGUCACUCUUGCGCUGGUAUGCCUCGGACUUUGGGGACACCACUGAAGAUAUCUUGAACUGGGUCCACCGCAAUGUGGCUUUCCCAGAGAAGAAGGAAGCACUUCAGAGGGUAAUUGAGUCAAAGAAGUGGAAAGUGCAGAACAUCCCCUAUGAAUGGGGAACUAAUGAAAAUGAUGUCUAAACAGGGUUGUCACAAGUUGGUACCCUUUGAUGUUUUUUGGUUUGGUAUCUAAAUAUUCUUUUUUGUAUGUUUUUUGUUUUUUGGUUGUUUGUUUGUUUGUUUAUGUUGUAGUUUUACUUUUAUUCAUAUGGUCACCUCUAGCAUAUACUCACAUCUUACUUUAAUGAUAUGUUAUGUUGUCUUUUUUGUUUUUUACAUUUCACUUAGAUGACUUUUUCCCUUGAAAUCUUUGUAUUUGAUUCACUCAUUUAUCACAGUUGCAAAUCCUAUUAACUUUUAUCUCCCAAAUCUUCAGGAGUUUGGGUUAAUACCAGUACUAGUCAUCAGAUUACUCUCUUUGAACAUUCCAUAAGCAAUGGCAUUUGUCAGAAUGACAUUUUCAAGGCAAAAUGCUAAUAGGCUUUCACUUUGAACAAAUGAAUGAAAAUAAGAAUAUAUGCAGAUGUAAAAAGAAAAAUAGUAGUAAUAAUACAUAGAGAAUGUGUUAAGCUUGCUCUUUAAGAUAUUUGUUAUAUGCAAAAUUAGAUAAUAACACAGAGGAAUAUUGCAUACUUAACAUUACAGAUAUGCAGCAUAUGCACUUUUUCUCCAGAGAAUGAUCUCUUUGAAAGCUGUGGGAGCCUGUUCCACAACAUAGGUGCCUCCCUUCAUCUCAUGUCUAGUGAUGCGGUGAUAAUACUCCGACUUAAUACAUUUAAGAUACUUCUGCAUGCUAACAUUAUUUAUUACUCUUCUCCAUAAUCUAAUUCACUGUUUACGGUCGUGUAGUUUAGCAGUUUUUGUGCUAUGAUACUUUUUUUUUUUCUUGUUUCCUCCUGAUGCAUGAGAAGUGAUAGUAUGGAACUCAUCAAUGGAGUGAAACAUUAAAAAGAAAAUACGUGUACACUUUACAUGUAUUAGGGUGCUAAGACUGUGAUUGUUUAAAGUAUUAAUGUUGUAUAUGCAUUAAAGCUUCCGUCAGAUUUUUCCUUUUGUUCUGAAGGGCACAGAAGCGGCUUAGUUUUAAAAAUUUACUAAAAAGAAAGCAUUGCAGUUUAACUCAUAAGAUCUGGCUGCUUCGUUCUCAUACAUGGAUGAGAAUCAGUGUGUUAGGCUUACUUUUAUGGCCUCUCUCCCAGGUGUGUAGCUUAUAGGCCCGGCCCACACUCAGUCAUGCCUGGUAUCAAGACUGUUUGUCUCCUCUUUGCAGUAUUAUUAAUUAUUUUUCUGCAAAUAUGUUAUUGCUAUUUUGCCAUUUUGUGGGGUCUGUAUCUGUCAUUUAUGUUGUAUCGAGAUGGUGGCAACAGACAGACAGUUUUUGUUGAGCAAUCACCAUCUUAUCUAAGUAGUUUACACUGCAAUAACAGUAAUGAUAUGUAACUUUGUGGUAUUUGCAUUAUUAAAAAAUGUUUUGGUAUUAUCCAAUAUACCAUGAUACAACCUGCACUGCCAUUAACGACUGACAGGAAUAGGUUUGUGCAAGUGAACAUUAUGGUCUGGCCUCCCUACAAACGGCCCUCUAGUAGGCACAGCUCACACAUGGUACACUCCACCAUCCUGAACUGGUAAAAAUAAUGCAGAAGUCCCUUCCUGAAAGCCUGAGAAGUCUCUCUCCCUCCAAAUACUUUGCGCACUCAUGAUCUGUCCCCAUCACCCACUACUUGGCAAUGUAUUCCAUGGCAAGAUGCUCCAAGUCACCCCAACCCUUAUCCAAAUUUUUCCAUAACAGAACAUUACUGUCAUCUACCCCAUGGCUAAUGGUUAAUGGUUAAAAAAGCAAAUUAAAUCUAAGGCCAUAUAGCACUAUAGAAAAGUACAGUAAAGGAUGGUGAAGGGUGCUAGUUGCUAUGCAUCAACUAUCUAUAGUAAUAUUGAAAGGUUAAGGAUGGGUAAAGGACUUGAGUGAAUGGGUUAAGGUAGGGUUAGGUAAGGGGAUUAGAUCAAGUGAAGGAUAUGUAUGCAUCUGAGGAAGGAGAACAGGUUGUCAAAGCCGAAAGUGUGGGAUUCCGUAAGGAUGUGUGAUAGGUUGGGAGGUUGGUGAAGGGAGGAUAGGUGGGGGAAAGCAGAGGUGUGGGCUGUAGCAAAGCAUAGACAGGAGAACAGAAUAUAUGGAACUGAAAGAGGGACAUUACAAAGGGGAAUUGGGAAUUGGUAUAGGAGGAUGUGUAAGAAAAGUCUCCUGGAGGCAGAUAAUGUAUGGGUUUUAGGAAGGAAGGAUAUGACGAAGGUCAUUGAAUAUUCCAAUUUAGGAGAGCUAUUACUUAGUGGAUCUACGAGUGAUGACGGUUACGGUGCGUUUUGGAGAAUCUGAAGGGGAAGGGGCGAGGGGAUAAGGAAUUAGAGGGAGGGGUGCAGUAUCAGGAGGAGUAUCAGGAGGUGGAGGAUCUGUACCCCUUGGCUAGACUUUUUCAUAACAAGACAUUCCCUUCACCCAGAUUUAAUGGACUGAUGGGUCAAUUCAGGUACUUUCGUAUAAUUUAUCAAUACCUUUAUUGUAUGGGAGUAUAAAUAUUGUACAUUAUUAUCAAUAUGAUUUAUCAAUACAUUUAUUGUAUGGGAGUAUAUAUAUUGUACAUUAUUACAGUGACUCACAGCGCUCAUCCAUCCCAUUCUCCCAACAGAUCUUCUGAAGAUUUCCCUCAGUUUUUAUGUACUUGCAUAAGUUAUUUUGAAAAGUUUUUUUUUUUUUUUUUU